CAUUGUGUGUGUGUUUGUGUGCAAGAGGGAGUGAGAGAAACGGGUGUGUGUUUGGAACUGAACCCUGACUGACAGCCAAAAUUUCGGGGACCAAGAAGAAGGAUCGAGUGGUCUGGACCUCCAUUGAUUUAGGAGAGCAGUCCCCUAACACACGUGCAACCAUGAGUAAAAAGGACACUUACGACAUGUUUGAGAUGGAUGGAGAUAUGGACAAGAAGAAGAAGAAAAAACUGAAGAAGAAGGAAAAACUGGAAGGCAUGAAGAAAGAAAUGGAUAUAGAUGACCAUGAGAUUACAAUUGAGGAACUAGAAAUGAGGUACAACACUAGCGUUACCAAGGGUUUGACUUCCACCUUUGCCGCUCAAGUCUUGGAGAGAGACGGUCCUAAUGAAUUGAAGCCUCCCAAAGGAACUCCGGAGUAUGUAAAGUUUGCCCGGCAGCUGGCCGGAGGACUGCAGUGUCUUAUGUGGGUUGCAGCUGUAAUCUGCUUUAUCGCCUUUGGGAUUGAACUUGCGAGAGGGAAUGUCACUUGCUUUGACAAUCUGUACUUGGCCAUCACCCUCAUCACUGUCGUUGUUGUGACUGGUUGCUUUGGUUACUACCAAGAAUUCAAGAGUACCAACAUCAUUGCCAGCUUCAAGAAUCUGGUGCCACAGCAAGCCAUUGUGAUCCGUGAUGGCCAGAAAAACCAGAUAAAUGCAUACCAGUUGGUGGUGGGGGAUGUGGUGGAGAUCAAAGGAGGAGACAGAGUCCCUGCUGACAUUCGCAUCAUCUUUAGUCAGGCCUGCAAGGUGGACAACUCAUCCUUGACAGGAGAGUCUGAACCGCAAACCAGGUCUCCAGAAUGCACUCAUGAGAAUCCACUGGAGACCAGAAACAUUGCUUUCUUCUCUACAACCUGUCUGGAAGGUAUAGCUACUGGUAUGAUCAUUAGCACAGGUGACCGUACCAUCAUUGGUCGGAUUGCCAGCUUGGCGAGCGGCGUUGGUAACGAGAAGACACCCAUUGCCAUAGAAAUUGAACAUUUCGUUGACAUCAUCGCCGGUCUCGCAAUCUUUUUUGGGUUUACCUUCUUUGUGGUUGCCAUGUUCAUUGGAUACGCCUUCCUGGAAGCUAUGAUCUUCUUCAUGGCUAUCGUAGUGGCUUAUGUGCCAGAGGGGCUACUUGCUACAGUGACUGUAUGUCUGUCUCUGACUGCAAAACGACUUGCCAGGAAGAACUGCGUUGUGAAGAACUUAGAGGCUGUGGAGACAUUAGGCUCAACUUCAGUGAUCUGUUCUGAUAAGACGGGAACCCUGACUCAGAACAGGAUGACUGUAGCUCACCUUUGGUUUGACAACCACAUCCACGCCGCUGACACCACUGAAGAUCAGUCAGGCAAGAGUUUUGACCAGUCAUCAGAAACAUGGCGCUCGCUGGCGAGAGUAGCCACCCUGUGUAACAGAGCCACAUUCAGACCGGAUCAGGAAGGUGUACCUAUUCCUAAGAGGCUGGUGGUAGGAGAUGCUUCAGAGACCGCUCUACUGAAGUUCACCGAGCUCUCUGUAGGAAAUGUUAUGGAGUACCGUGAUCGCUUCAAGAAGGCAGUGGAAGUGCCCUUCAACUCCACCAACAAGUUCCAGCUAUCUAUCCAUGAACUGGAUGAUCCUCUGGACCUUCGCUACCUGUUGGUGAUGAAGGGAGCACCUGAACGUAUCUUAGAGCGCUGCUCCACCAUUUUGAUUAAAGGACAGGAGCUGCCACUGGAUGAGCAAUGGAGUGAAGCCUUUCAGACUGCUUACAUGGACCUGGGAGGACUGGGAGAGCGAGUCCUAGGAUUUUGUCAUAUCUAUCUGAAUGAGAAGGAGAUUCCUCGUGGCUAUCGAUUUGACGCGGAUGAGAUGAAUUUCCCCACGUCAGGAUUGUGCUUCGCUGGUCUCAUCUCAAUGAUUGACCCGCCACGAGCCACUGUACCCGAUGCAGUGAUGAAAUGUCGUACCGCUGGCAUCAGGGUCGUCAUGGUGACUGGAGAUCAUCCAAUCACAGCAAGGGCCAUAGCAGCUAACGUUGGUAUUAUCACAGAAGGAAGUGAAACUGUGGAAGACAUUGCCCAGAGGAAGCGCAUACCUGUGGAACAAGUCAACAAGAGGGACGCCCGUGCCUGUGUGAUCAGUGGGGGUCAGCUGAAAGACAUGAGCAGUGACGAACUGGAUGAAGCUCUGCGAAACCAUCCUGAGAUGGUGUUUGCAAGAACAUCCCCUCAGCAGAAACUGAUUAUUGUGGAGAGUUGUCAGCGACUGGGCUCCAUCGUCGCUGUGACAGGUGAUGGUGUGAACGACUCUCCGGCUCUUAAGAGGGCUGAUAUUGGUGUCGCCAUGGGGAUCGCAGGGUCAGACGCUGCCAAGAACGCCGCAGACAUGAUCCUGUUGGACGACAACUUUGCCUCCAUUGUCACUGGAGUGGAGCAGGGCCGUCUUAUCUUUGACAACCUGAAGAAGUCCAUUGCCUACACUCUAACCAAGAACAUUCCUGAGCUGACUCCAUAUCUGAUCUACAUAACCGUCAGCGUGCCUCUUCCUCUCGGGUGUAUCACUAUCCUCUUCAUCGAACUGGCCACUGACAUUUUCCCCUCUGUCUCUCUGGCAUAUGAGAAAGCAGAGAGCGACAUCAUGAACUUAAAGCCCAGGAACCCUCGUCGUGAUCGUCUAGUAAACGAAGCCCUGGCUGUGUACUCAUACUUCCAGAUUGGUGCCAUACAGUCUUUUGCAGGGUUUACAGAUUAUUUCACAGCCAUGGCGCAGGAGGGCUGGUUUCCACUUUUGUGUGUCGGCCUGCGUUCUCAGUGGGAGAAUGUUCACCUUCAAGACGUUCAGGACAGCUAUGGGCAGGAAUGGACCUUCAGUCAGAGGUUGUACCAAGAGUAUACGUGCUACACUGUAUUUUUCGUGAGCAUAGAGAUCUGUCAGAUCUCUGAUGUGCUGAUCAGAAAAACUCGACGUCUCUCUGUGUUCCAACAAGGUUUCUUCAGGAACCGUGUCCUUGUCUCUGCCAUAGUCUUCCAGCUCCUUCUGGGUAAUCUGCUUUGCUACUGCCCUGGGAUGCCCAACAUCUUCAAUUUCAUGCCAAUCAGAGUUCAGUGGUGGUUUGUUCCUGUCCCUUAUGGUAUUUUAAUCUUUGUCUAUGAUGAGAUCAGGAAGUUAGGAGUCAGAAGACAUCCAGGAAGUUGGUGGGAUCAGGAAUUAUACUACUGAGACCAGAGAGGCCCUUUAAUUCAUCCUGUGAUCCAUAUAUCCAUAUGCAACAAAACAUCACUCAUGCUGCAGACCAUUGGGUCAUACAUCUAUAUUAUUUUAUAAUAUAGAUGUAUUUUAAAACCUUCUCUAUAUAGACAUUGAAAUAAAACACCAGAGUCUGCCUUAAUUAUUUGAACAAAGUAAAAAGGUAAUUACUACUGAUAAUUCAUCAAUGAAUAACUCACAGGUGUGUUAUGUUCCAGCUCUUUGACUGUGGCUGCAUUUUGUUUGUACUAAUAAAAGAAUACUACUGAUGUCCU